AUGCAAAGAUUCUGGAAAUUUGGCCUACUGAUAGUCUGGCUUCAAAUCCCCUUCCUCUCAGCAAUUGCAAGACGGAGUCUUGAUCUCCUUGCAGAUACAGUACUGGUGUUGGACAAAGAGAAGACCAAUAUAAUUAGAGAACAUCUAAUAAAUCCAAAUCUGCCAGUUAAAACUGAGACAAGCUGGAAUGAAAACUCCCCAACGAAGCAAAAUCAAAAUCAAAGGGAGCGAGUCAGCUCCGGGACAACAUUCUUGAAGUUGGGCAAAGAGAGGACCGACGGGAUUGGAAGUCAGUUGCUUGAUUUAAAUCAACCAGCUGAACCCGAGCCAAGCUGGAUUAAAGAUUAUCCAACAGCUCAACGGGGGAAAAUCAACCUCGAUGCCAGCUGGACUGAAAAUCACCCACUAGAUAAUCAGAAUAAGCGAGGGUUACUCCUUCGCACACAUCACAUCACAGAGCAACAAAACAGAAGAAUAAGCUCAUUUAAUGAUGAUGUGAUGGACAGGAGAACUAGUAAAGACGCAAAUCACCCAUCGUAUCUUGUGGGACAUGUCGGCGUCACAGAGUCGAAUUCACCACCAAGAACGACCGGAUUGGUUGGUAAUGCCAUUUCAGAAUGGAGCAUGAGUGAAAGAAGCCCGGCGUCGUUCAUGUCCCGGGAGCCGCGUGCCCGUGAGACCGAAGCUGAUGAUGAAGCCAAUCAGCCUGCCUCAAAGCAACAAAAAGUGGCUAUUGACUUGUGCUCUGAGUUCACCUCGUGGGGUCGCGUUUCUGUUCGCCAGGCAAGGCGUCCAGCUGCUUCUGAAUCUCACAGUCGGCAUCUAUUUAGUAAGUAA